GCAGCCUUUUCUCUCCGAAGCGUAUAGUGUAGGUCGAACGAGAGAGCCUACGCAGGAUGCUCGCGUGGGCCGGACCUACGCAACGCUUAAAUGAUUGCUACGCUAAAUAGACCCCCCCCCCCUCCCCCUUCGGGUUAUCUCAAAUUUCCGCCUCGCGAUCGCUUCUACAAAUACGCAGGCACGGCGCCACCUGCUUUUCAGAAGUGUUACACGUACCUGCCCCGUCCCGGAGUUUUCCCACUACAGGCGAUCGUUUUAUCAUCUCGCAGCGAAAUCUCUUUUUGUCCACUGACACGGAAGCGAAAAAUGUGCUCGAGAGAGUCGUAUAUUAGAGUUUAACUACGCAUGUACAUCGGCUCAUAGUCACUCGCUUAGUUAACGCUAACAAACUCUGCCCACAGAGAUCUUUCUAAGUCGUCUAAAACUACGGGUCGCAGUUUGAGUGUUCAGACAGCAAGAUGAAGUUCUCGCUCGUUGCAGCGCUGAUUACGCACAGCAUCGCUUCGUUGAGCUGCGCUACGCUACCGUCGUCUCCGAGGUGCAAGAAUCAAGACGGGCAGGAUGUUGACUGGUUCAUCGUGUACAAGCUUCCGCGGAUGCAAUCCAACCAACAGAACGCCUUCACGCCCGAGGGAGGGGAAUUCGUGUACGUGGACUCCCGGACCAGCCAAGAACCGCUGCGCUAUUGGCCGCUGUCGGAGCAAGACUUGUACGACGCUCAGAACCCGGUCGCGCUCACACUGGCACCGCUGUACGAGAACAUCACAAGAAAGGACAUUCUGUAUUUUGUCUACAACGACCAGCCACCACCGAUCUACAAUGGAACACGAAACGGCCACUGCAAAGGUGUCGUCCUGUUCGACGACACGGUUGGCGUCUGGCUCCUGCACAGCGUGCCAAAAUUCGUGGAGGGACUGCAGGGCGGCCAGUACAGUUUUCCGGAUACCGCCAGAGAAAACGGCCAGAUGUUCAUGUGCGUCACCUUUCCGACGCCACAAGUCAACACCAUUGCGAGGAUCUUGCGCACCGAGUACGCCAACGUGUACGCCCGCCAGGUGCCGCAGUCAAUGAAGGACAAGUACCCAGAGGUGGCGCUGCUCGCAAAGGACAGCUUCGUCCGAACCACUGACCAGAAGCUCUUCAUCGCAAACCUGACCAGCGACGGAGGCAUCGUCCUGCGAGCGUACGGCAAAAGGGCCACACUAGACGAAGACCUCUAUUCUGGGGUACUUGCCAACGACCUGAAAGAUGACCUCGCCGUGCAGUCCUGGAGGAAUGGUGCCGGCGGCAAGCUUCCCACCUGCGUGCAACUCCAGUUACACCGUCGUCAACGUUGACUCAAUCAUACUGAGGUUCGACGCCGACAACGCGGUCACAUUCAACACCACGGAGGACCACAGCAAAUGGGCCAUAACCAUCGACAGAGAUGUGUUCUGCUUCGCUUCCAUGAAUCGAAUGGAAUCUCAAGAAACUCGUGGCGGUGAGGCUCUCUGCUUCGACAAUGGCGUGGUGCAGGCUCUCUUCAGACGCAGCGCCAUCGUCAACUCGGGUUGUCCUGUGUAGCUCGGCUGUGAUGCAGUCAGUCGCGAGAGGGACUGGGACCAAUGGUUGCUCCACUUUGCGUUCGUUGACUAUAGUCGCGGACAACCUAAGAAUAAGGUGGCAAGCGCACUGCUGUUCAAUUCAAAGAGAAGUUACACACAUGCGUCAGCCAAUGCCGCUCGCUCAGUUCCAUGACGUCAUAGCGGAGACGAACUCCUUUCAAUAUCGGCGUCUCUAAGGAACUGUUCGAGUACGGAGGCUUAGAUGGAGAGUUGCAGUGUGGUUUUGCGGCCACAGCUUGUACUGAAUUCUUAGGUUGUCAUAUGGCAUAGUAUCGCCUUGAAAACGCUCAGACUUCCCUUGACGCGGCCAUAUUUGUCACCAAUGCUAGCUGUGACAAUCACUUUAGAACACACAGUGCGGGGUCUUCUUAAACAUAUAACCUGCUACACAAAUUCUGUUGUUUCACAAGCUAACCUCUGUUCAUCUGCAGUUGCAAUUGGGGUGCCUUGCACUGUAAACGCCCAUUUUUCUGUCAUUCUGCCGGCAUUUCCCAACGCGUCAAAGACGCGGCAAGGGAAAUCUGUUGUAGACUCAUUUAGAGCAUUGGACGUGAAGUGUGAAUAAAAAAAAUUCUA